AUGACGAUUAGGGCGUUGCAGAAGGUUUCCGUUGGCCAGAAUAGCAUCGGCGCCUUCAUCCUGCAAUGCAAGAAAAUAGAUGUCCACUAUUGCGACUAUUCCGGAAGUUCUAGAGGAAUGAAUUCUUUUAUCAAAUCCCAGCUAGCCAAGUUCGCUUCCACUCAUCCCCAGAUCGAAUUCGCCGUUUCCCCUCGACCACGAAAACACCCCGUGCUCAUCGGUCACUACAUCAAUGGCAAGCAAAAGUCUAUUUGCGUUAAGAACAUGGAUCCUCUCCAAAUACUCAAAAAGAUAGAAUUGCUACGAGAUGCGAGCGGCGAGAAGAAUAAAAAGGUCAACAAGCCGGUCACGAGUAUCAACGAGAGCGUAAGAGGCAUAUGGAGUCCUUACCACGGCACGGGUAUGCCGGUAUAA